AUUUCCCAGUCAGACUCAACUUUGAAUCACUUCCGGCCUGGCAACAAUCAGGAAGUGCUACCAAAAGUGGAGCAGAGAGAAAUGUAUUUACGAUGAUGCGGCUUGAAGUGUCAACAGUGCCUAGCCUAGCGUUGCCUUAAUCAGGGGACGCAGCCAAGCAUGGCUCUGAUUGAGGGUGUGGGGGACGAGGUCACCCUGCUCUUCGGGGUGGUGUUCCUGGUGCUGGUACUGGUCCUAGCCUGGGUAUCCACACACACGGCAGACCCCCCGGAGCACCUCCUCCAGCCUGGCCCCGGCAUUGCCUCCCCCAGAGAGACUGAGAGCCAGGAGCCCCUCCCUCCCAGCGACAUCGCCCCUACGCCCAGCAGCCUGACGGAGCAGGGGAAGCCGGAGCGAGGGCUACAGGCUGGAGCCGAGGGGCCGACGUCCAGCAGCACCGGAGAGCAGGGGGAAGGGGACACGGGGCUCCUACAGGAGGGCGAUAUCGGUAGAGAUGGGCUCAGGCAUAGGGAGACUGCCACCUCGCCCCUCUCCUCCUCGGUGGGAACUACAGCAAGUGCCUCUGUUCCCGGGCAGCCACCACCAGCCAACACCCCCAACAAUCACACCCAAAGAAACAUGGUUCUGAGGCUCAAGUUCCUCAAUGACACAGAGAGGACCGCUCAAGUGAAUCCGGAUGACACUAUUGGGUACAUUAAAAGGACGUACUUCGCCGGGCAGGAGCACCAGGUGCGGCUGAUCUACCAGGGCCAGCUGCUGCAGGACGACGCGCAGACGCUCUCCUCCCUCAACCUUGCCGACAACUGCGUCCUGCACUGCCACAUCUCCCAGCAUGCAACGCGAGCGAUGCCAGCCGGGGCCAGGGCGGCAGACCAGGUGCACGUGGCACUGAACCUGGGCAGCCUGAUGCUGCCGAUGUUCGUGCUCAUGCUGUCCGUGCUCUGGUACUUCCAGAUCCAGUACCGGCAGUUUUUCACGGCACCCGCGACAGCCUCCCUUGUGGGCAUCACCAUAUUUUUCAGCUUUGUGGCAUUUGGGAUGUACCGCCGUUGAGGCGAGUUCUGUUUGUUUAGUGAUCCCUCGAUGCACGCCACUUAAAUAUAUAUAUAGUAUUCACAUAAUUACAUACACACACACACACACACACACACACACACACACACACAUACACACAGACACAAAUUCACAAGUGUAUCCACAUACUCACCUCCGCCUACACAUGGACUUUUAAGAUGGAUCUCUGAACUCUUGAAGCUGUUUCCGAUUGAGAUACCGGAUAAUUUAAUGAAGUGUCUGAAUUAGUUUUAUUUUUUUCCUCAGUGUGCUUUCAGUAUGUCUGUCUGUCAUUUUUGUCAUUUUGUCUGGCUGAGCACAUUUUUGUGUUUCUGUUAUCCAGGUUACUUGCCAUUACUGUCAGACGUACAACACAUUUUUAUCCGUCAAAGACUAACCGUGUAAUUUCCUAGAAUUCAUUUUUUUGUUUGUUUUUAAAUGAGAUGCUUAUUGUGCCUAUCCCAAUUGCUCUCUCGUCACACACUCACGCAAGCAUUCAGUGAGGAGCUGAAGCUUGCCCCCGGCGCGCGGUUAGGUGGAAGUGGGAAAGAUGGCUGGUCCUGUGACUGUCUAAGCUGCUGGAAUGCCCAUCUGCCUGUCCGUCUCACACAGGGUGGUCGAGCAGUCAAGACAGCAUUACUGUUGAAAUGUCAAGACAGUAAGAAUAAUUUGUGUAAAAUACGGCUUUUGAAACAAAGACAAAAUCUAUUAAAUCAUUGUUUUAUUUA